GGUUGCCAUGUAUGCAAGGCGGAGCUUAGAGUAACACAGUUUGGUUAUCAAUCAACUUCAUAAACACUUUUAUAUUGAUAAAUUAUCUAAUACACAGAUCUAUAUUUAACAAACAAUAGAAAACAUCCUAAAGGAAACUGCAACAAAACAUUUUUGAUCUCGGGUCUUCGCUUUCUUUGGACAUAAUCUGGCAACCUAGUUCCACAUUGUGCAGGGGCGGUGCUUUCGUCUCACAGUAGUUUCUGGAACCUCAUGGUUAUACCAUGGAGAAAGUGUCACAGUUGAAGGAUCAGGGCAACAAGGCACUGAGUGCCGGGAAGAUCGACGAGGCCAUACGCUGCUACACAGAAGCGUUGGCCCUCGAUCCCUCAAACCAUGUCCUUUUCAGCAACCGCUCGGCUGCCCAUGCCAAGAAGGGCAACUACGAGAGUGCUCUGGAGGACGCCUGUCAGACCAUCAAGAUUAAACCUGACUGGGGAAAGGGCUACUCAAGGAAAGCGGCAGCCCAGGAGUUCCUUGGACAGUUUGAGGAUGCCAAAUUGACGUACCAAGAGGGAUUCAGACAGGAGCCCACUAAUCAGCAGCUCAAGGAGGGGCUGCAGAACAUAGAAGCCCGGUUAGCAGAAAAAAAGAUGAUGAACCCCUUCUCCAUGCCCAACAUGUUUGAAAAGCUGGAGAGCGACUCUCGAACCCAUGCCCUGAUGAAAGAUCCAGAGUACAGAGCGCUUUUGGAGCAGCUCAGGGAUAAACCGUCUAUGCUUGGCUCGAAGCUCCAGGACCCUAGAGUAAUGACCACCCUGUCGGUCCUGCUGGGGUUAGACUUGGCUGGCAUGGAUGAAGAGGAAGAGCCUACUCCUUCCCCACCUCCCAAACCCAAAGAGACUCAGCCACCCCCUCCCAAAGAGGAAGACUUACCUGCGAACAAGAGACAAGCUCUAAAGGAGAAGGAGCUGGGCAACGAGGCGUACAAGAAAAAAGACUUUACCACUGCACUGGAACAUUAUGAAGAAGCCCUCAAGCAUGACCCAACCAACAUGACAUAUCUUUCUAACCAAGCAGCUGUGUUCUUUGAGAAGGCUGAAUAUGAGAUGUGCAGGGAGCUGUGUGACAAGGCCAUCGAAGUGGGCAGAGAGAACCGGGAGGACUACAGACACAUUGCCAAGGCCUUGGCUAGGGUUGGCAACUCGUACUUCAAGCAGGAGAAAUACAAGGAAGCAGUCCAGUUUUACAACAAGAGUCUGACAGAGCAUCGCACCCCUGAUGUCCUUAAGAAGUGCCAGCAGGCGGAGAAGGUAUUGAAGGAGCAGGAGAAGCUGGCCUACAUCAACCCAGAUCAGGCCUUGGAAGAGAAGAACAAGGGCAACGAGUCCUUCCAGAAAGGAGACUAUCCUUCAGCCAUGAGACAUUACUCUGAGGCCAUCAAGAGGAACCCCAAUGACGCCAAGCUCUUCAGCAACAGAGCUGCCUGCUACACGAAGCUGCUGGAGUUCCAGCUUGCCCUAAAGGAUUGCGAGGACUGUAUCAAACUUGAUCCUACCUUCAUAAAAGGGUACACGCGCAAGGCAGCUGCUUUGGAGGCCAUGAAAGAUUUCUCUAAAGCGAUGGUUGCCUACGAGAAGGCUCUGGAGCUGGACUCUACUUCCAAGGAGGCCACGGAGGGCAUCCAGCGCUGCAUGAUGAGCCAGCACGUGAGGAAUGAUGACAGUCCAGAGGACGUGAAGAGGAGGGCCAUGGCUGACCCGGAGGUGCAGCAGAUCAUGAGUGACCCAGCCAUGCGCAUGAUCCUAGAGCAGAUGCAGAAGGACCCACAGGCACUCAGCGAUCACCUUAAGAAUCCAGGCAUUGCUCAGAAGAUUCAGAAACUGAUAGAUGUGGGUCUGAUAGCCAUCCGGUGAUGAGUGAGGAGAACAGGGCCAGAACCCAUGAAGAACCAACCGCAAGACCACAGAGGAUCAAGAUGCCAUUCCUUUAAGAUAUAACCUCUCCCUUCUACUCUCUCAUGCCAUCUCGCCCAAACUUUAACCAACAAAGGGUUUCAUUUUCUUUGUCCAUUUUUACAGCCUUAAUGAAAUUGUACUUAGUGUCUUCCUCAUCACAGAACUCUCUGAAACAAAUCAUUUGAUUGGGCAAACUUAUCAAACACCUAUUACUGGAGCAGCAGACCAGGCUAGAGCUUUGGUUGGCACAAUGACACUGCAUUCAUAUCAGUGCUGCAGCUUAUAUCAGUGCUGAGACCAGCAGUCUUAAAUAUCUGUGUAGGGCGCCUGACUAAGAUUUCUCCUUUUCUGGACAGGAUAUCUUUCAUAAAUUCAGGUCAAUGUAGUUGUGCUACUGGUGUACAGGCUUACAAGCUCACAAUACUGUGCUUUCCAGAUAUUUAGAAAUGAAUGUUGCUUGGUCAUGGAAGUACUGAUCUUGGGAUCCGCAUUGGAUUACAGCUGUGGGAGUUAAAUGGUAUUUAACUUUUUUGAAUAUCUUCUCUCGUCAUUAAACCCCUUUGACUGGUAAUACAGAGCAGAGAGAAGUAUCAUCUCUAGUUGGCACUUGUAUUAAAGCUCUUCUGCUUCACAUGGUGCACCAAAAAUCUUCCAGCCAACAACUGCAGGAUAUUGUUUCUUAAGACCUUUAAUGUCAUACUCAAUGAUGUUUUGUUUGUCAGGUUCUGACAGUAAUGUGGGAGGGUUGUGUUAAAAUAUAUGUACUGUUCCCUUCAAGCUUAUUUUUUUCUUUCACAUUUCACCAUAGCCUUGCUAUGCUAGAGUUCUUCAGGACUCUCUGGGUGCCAGUAGACUAGACAUAGCAGAUUUGAGUCUGUGAUUACACAACCAGUCCAUUAUCAGAAGUGGCACCCACACAUGCUUUAUGUCAAGACAAAUCCCCAGAAGUGUAAUGUACAAGUGAAAUUGAAUCCUGUUCUGCAAAAUAUAUCUGAAUGUAUUUUUAAGUUAA